CGGCAGACUCAUGCAUGUGUUUACAGUAGCCGGUUAAGGUCAGCGACUCAGAUGAGAACCGCAGCGGUGCUGGGAUCCACUUUGCGGGACAGAUUAAGCUACAUACCUGCUUUAGAGGAUUUGAUGAACCACCAUGGGAAUGAGACAGAGAGACUUGCACCACGGCCAUCAGAGGAAAUAGGAGUUCGGGAUGACUGUGAACACACACCGCGCUACAGAUUGUGACAUUUUUAAGGAGUGGCUGCUUUGGUUGUUUCUCAACCUUUGGAAUAUCAAAGAUAGAGAACCAGUUGGUAGGAAGCUGGUGUGGGAUUGGAGUCUCCUACAGGUUUUAUCUCUUUCUCUAACCCCCAUGCUCUCCACCCUGUUGUCAUCCCUCUUUUCCCACAAGCAGCAACAAUGGACCUGACGCUGUGGCAGUACCAGUUCAGGAUCAUCAUGCUGGGGGACUCUACAGUGGGCAAGUCCUCUUUGCUGAAGCGCUACACUGAAGACUUGUUCCUGGAGUCCAUCAACCAGACGGUCGGUGUGGACUUCUAUGUUUACUUCCUGGAGGUGGAGCCGGGGGUUCGCUUCAAGCUGCAGUUCUGGGACACAGCUGGACAGGAGAGGUUCAGGUCAGUGACCCGUUCUUAUUACCGCAACUCGGUCGGAGGCCUUCUGGUGUUUGACGUGACCAACCAGGCCUCCUUUGACCAUAUUAAGGAGUGGCACACUGAGGUAUGUGAGCGGGUGUGGCCCCACAAGGUUGUGUUCGUCCUGGUGGGCCAAAAGAGUGACCGAGAUGCUCAGAGGGCGGUGAGUCGGGAGGAGGCCGAGAAACUGGCCGGACAGCUGGGGGUGCCCUAUGUGGAGGUCUCUGCCAAGACGGGCCAGAACGUGAGCGAGGCCUUCGAGCUGCUCACCCGGCGGGUCUACCAGGGCCUGCUGAGCGGAGAGGUGGAGCUGCAAGAGGGCUGGGAUGGAGUCAAGUGCGCUGCACCGCAGGCGCUGCGGUUACAGAGAGCCAGCCUGACGCGGCCCAGCACGGCCCCCAAGAACAAGAAGUGCUGCGCUUGAACUGCGGGCUGGUGGCGGUCGCCCACAUGCACUCGUGUUACUGUGGAGCCAAAACCAGCCCCCACAAGGUUGGAUUUGUGUUACUGUACCAACGUGGCCAUCAUGAAACACUGAUUUGAGAUGCAGUUUUUGCAUCUUUGUUGUGAGAUACAAUCUUAACUAUUUGUUUGGCUCAUGUAAGACUGGUUUGAGGACACAUUUUAUGAUUUUGUAAGAUACUUUGACAUUCCUGAAACUUUAGAAAUAAAGGUUUUGUGUAAUUGAUAUUUUCAUCCAUGAUAGUGGCAUUGAAAUGUCGGUCGGUCAGUCAGUCCGCCUUCUGGGUCCAGACUGAAGCGCCUAUAAAACCUAAAAACUGUUGGACGGAUGACGUGUUGCUCAGACAUCUUUGGUAUCGAGAGGAUUAUUUCCUACUAAGCUUUCAUCUAGCACUACUUUUUGUUGAAAUGUCUUGACAGCUAUUGAAUGGAUUUGCUGUGUAAUUUGAGACAGGUGUUCCAGGUCUCUGAACUCUCUAUCUAGCGCCAUCAUCGGGUAACAAUUCAAUUUGCCCAAUACUUUGGUUUUUGACCACAUAGCUGCAAAACUACUGACAUUCCCAUCAGCCACAGCUGUGCUUUGUGUUUAGUGCUGAUGGGCAAAUAUCUGCAUGCUAGUAGGUUAAACUAAUGGUUAAUAUUACCUGCUGAACAUUACCUGCUGGCAUGCUGACGUGGUUCUCACAGGACAGUGAUGCUGCAAACAUAUGAUGAAAUAUGAUGUAUUGCUGUGGAUUAAACUACCCAACAAUUUAUAAAGUAGUUAAAAAUUAGUGCAACUUUAAAUAUAAACAGCAUUUAAAUGCAACAUACACAUUGAUGCAGCAGUAAAAGCAAUCCAGAAAGCAUCAUAUAUAAUAUCAAAACAAAGCCAGGGGCUAUUUUUCUGCGUUGAGUACUUUGCUACGUCGCUGAUGAUACUUGCAUAUGUUUACUUGAGUAAGAUUUUUAAUGCAGGACUUCAGUGUGGUGUCAGUACUUUUCCUUAAUAGACAUAAAUCUGUAAUUCUUGUCUGUGUUGUUCAUUCGGCCCAUGGCCAGUUGCAGUUAAAGUACUGGGUCCCCUGGUUGAGAUUAGAAACAUCACCUCGGGCAUCAAUGUGAAUUAAUCUUUUGGUCUUGAGUUGUGUGGGAAAGGCUUUGUUGCAUUGCCAGUAAUUGCACAGCAUCCUGCAAGUGAAUGGUUGCUUUCAGGUGUUGCUGUUUAAAUCAAUUAAAUAAAAACUCUGGGGUGCCUUUGGAUAUUGUUCUUUUGAAAUGUUGUGACAGCUUUCCAUAGCAAUUACUAUUCAUCAAGCUGACGAACAGCCUUGUGUUUCCACCGCCGAGAUGCAGACCGUUUGUUUUGCUACUAUAAUAGCCACAUUAAUGAUUCACCGACACAUUGACGAUUGAGUCUGUACACUGGUUUAUGUCCUUGGUUCUCUGCAAAUAUACAGAUGAUUUCUCAUGAUUUAAAAUGUUUUACCUUCACUUCUUGACUAUUCCAAACAUCACUGUAGUCAUGAACUGUACAUGUUUUUACUGAAACUACUGAAAAUUAGAGAUGUGAAAUGACUGAACAUCACUUUCAAGCAUAAAUAAUAAAUCACUUUUAAAUGAGAUCAAUUUAGUUUUACAUUACAAGGUGAAACGCCCUCCAUACAGACUCCAACAUGUAUGUACAGCCCUUUGCUAACUUCCUCAGUUCAUUUGCCACACUCCAAAAGCCUCCAUGUUUGACAACAUCAGUCAUUUAUUUAAUUUUUUUUCCAUUUGACAUUGUGAAAAGUCAGCAUCUGGGGAUCAUUUCUUCUAAGAUUAUUUUGAUGCAAUUAGCUGAAAUAGACAAGUAAAAAUAACAUUUCCAAGGAUAGUUGAAAUAAAUGUAUUAAUGUAAUAAAACCUACUACAUUCAGUAACAAUACACCAACAGCGCAAACAUGUCCAACAACAGAGAAAAACAAAUGACUGUAUUUCUGGCCACCAUUUGCAGUAGGAAUUUGGUAUUAUAGACCCUCUAUUAAAAAAAACCUAGAAUCAACAGCACUGAGCAGAACGGGUAAACAGGGGAGCCCUAAUCUCUUACAUACUCAACAGCUAUGAUGAUCUAUUAUUGGCAAGAUAACAAUUAUCAAUUUUAAGGAGGCAAAUGAAUCUAUAACAUUCACAUCCAAAUGCUCGAGUAUCAAAAGGUAAACCUGAUACAGCAGUGGUCACAAUCCAAAAGAAGUCUUCCAGUAAAUGUUUAUUGAUAAAAAUGCAAUGAACAGAGUUCUGCCAGGCUUAGCUUAAUGGCAACAAAACAGAAUCAGACAAGAAUUACAUUACUGUGUGACGGUGCUGGCAAAACACUCAAAAGUUAGGGGAUGAUGAAACACUAUCUAAUGUCAUAAAAACAAAAACACCCAAACCAUCUUUUUC